AUGGAAGUCAAGGAAGACGUCGAGAAUGUCCACCCUGUUGUCGAGACAGUCGCCAGCCAAACUACCAGCAGCGAGAAUCUCUCAACAAAGCAAGAUGUCGCAUUCGAGCCGAUAAUCCUCGCGAAAUCGAGAAAAAAUGGUACCACAUACAGACUGCUCGAGGGACAACAACAACCUCAACUACGUAAUAACAUCAGCUUUGGGGUCGGUUUCCUUGAAUUUGCCAAUGCGCUCGAUUUCGCAGCGAACAUCUGGAACGAGUCACCCCUGCCAAGAUUCGUUGUUGCGCUCAUGGCCACUGGGGGUUCGGUGACGCUUCUUCUUUCUACAUUCGCCUUGUUCGAUUUCCGGCGUAGCUGGAAAAACACGCGCAUUUUACGGGACGAACGGAAAUACUUGCACAGACUCCGCAGCGAGAAUGGCGACCAAGGGGACCUCGUUCGUGACAUCGACCGCGUUCUCAGCGUGAACUAUCGGGAACUGACAUCGGAGAUUGUUGAUCGAGUCGCCAUGGAUUUCCUGCUCGGGUUCGCAGGGCUACUUGUCGGCAUCGGGACUCUGAUCGCUAUUCCCGGAGCCCAAAACCACCAGGUCUAUCUCGCUUCCAACUUCUUGUCCGGAUACAUCGGGAAUGCCUUUCCACUCUUGUGGGGGGUCAUCAACUUUGUCACCUCCAUGUACAUAUGGUGGCGGUUCCAUCGACAAGCGAGAUGUGCAGCCAAGUUCGGCCAUUUGGAGCCUCUGCUGGCAGACAUCGUCCUCCGUUGCCGGCAAUUCCAGAGACAUGCGUGCUUGACUGCUAUAAACGGGUUGGUGGCUGGCGUGGCCGGGAUGAUUACGUUCAAAUACUGGUGGGCAUACGUGAUUUUGAUUCCGUGUAUUGUUGCCUCAUUGUUCGCCAACUUGUAUUACCGAAUGAGGAUUGGGUAUGACCGAUAUCUCAUGACAAAUACGCCAGAGGCGUUUUCCGCGCCGCAUAAUUUGAGCCUGGAGCUCAUGGAUGCGCAUAUCUUCUGUGUCAGUCUUCGACAGCGGGCAUUACCCACGCAGAUCACAGCCCUUGGGAAUCUCGAGAAACCAGACAUGACCGUGGCCUCAACGCUGCUCGAAUCAAACCGCCUUUUUCCGCUCUUCUGCGAGUGGUUAUUCAACAACGACGAACGAAUCGGGCAACGGGUGUUUUCGUCGGAGGAUCAUUCAGACCAAAUUGUGAUCACGGGGCAGAAUUUUGCGCACGCAGAUGUCGACCGGGGGCGAUUCUGCAGCCUCUUCAAGGAUUUUCUUCUCGACUGCGGACCGAGACAUUUUGAGAGCCGACGAAGGUAUCUCUUGGAGUUGAUGGCGUAUGACUUGGAGCAGCAGCAUAGAGACGAACCGCAUGGGGCUCGGCAGGCGUUGUGA